AUGGUCCGCAUCAACAUCCUCUCCGUCAUGGCUCUGGCCACUGGUGCUCUGGCUACCUCCAACUGCCAGACCAAGGACAACGCCUGCCGCACCGCUCCCGACGCCAACAUGGCCCAGUGUGCCGCCGACAACGCCGCCUGCUGCUCGACCGCCUACGACGAGUGUCGCGGCGCCCCCAAUGCCAACAUGGCCAGCUGUGCCGCUGAGCACGCUUCCUGCACUGGCUCUUUGCAGCGCCGCGACGACACUUGCCAAACCAACUACAACUCUUGCCGUACCGCCCCCGACGCCAACAUGUCCUCCUGCGUUGCUGAGCACGCUAGCUGCUGCUCGACCGCCUACGAUGAGUGCCGUGGUGCCCCUGACGCCAACAUGUCCUCUUGUGCUGCCGAGCAUGAGGCCUGCAAGAACCAGGCCUAA